UCAAAUCGUUUUGAUUUUGUUGCUGCCUCCAGUUAAAAUUUGUUCAUCUUAACAAAUCAAAACAUAUAAGCUCAUCAUUUGAUCACAAAUCACGUCGUUUUUUAUAACAAUUUAAAAUUGAUAAUAACUUCAUGGACAUGAGUCGAGAAGCCCUAAUUGCCGAGAUUCUUGCUAAUGUUCUAGACGUCGUAAAAGUGUUCAAGGCUGUAAACAAUGGGAUAAUUCAACCAUGCAACUGGGCCAUGUUAUUAACGGACAUGUCGCAAAGAUUAACGUUCCAGUUAACAAAGAGACAUUUGCAGUACAAUUUCGUCAUUCAUAAUUUGAAUGAAGAAUUCACCAUUCAUGACAUGAGAGGACAGGUCGUUUACGAGUCGCUCAUUCCAUCUGAACCCACACGAUCGUCGUCGCACCCAUAUUUGAUAUCUUGUCCACAAUAUUAUCGUAGAUGCAUAAUAUAAAAUAAAACAUAUCAUAAAAAUCAAAAUUUGAAAAUUAAUUUUUUUCGCAAAGAUACAGCAGUUCAAAGAAAAUUUGCAAAUACAUUGAAAAUGCUUUCGUCGCCAAAGUGUAGGUUCAAAGGGGUAGGUUAUAUUUAGGGAUUUCAUUCAUUGAUCAUUUAUUGAUAGGAAAAAUUUUCAAAAAUUCAAAAAUUCGAAAAAAUGAUAAAUUUGAAAUGUAUUGAAAAACUCGAUUAUCGAGAAGACGGACAAAAAUCGCUCAUAGGGAGAUAAGCCAAUCGAUGCCUUUGGGCCUGAGGAAACAAAAAAGUUUAAAACCCCACGCGAUUUUUGUCCGUCUUGGAGUUUUGGCGAUUUUUCGAAAAGGUAAAAUUAACAUGGGCUGCUUGUGUAGACAGCAGUAAAUAAUUCUGUGUUCCUACGUGGCCGGGAACAUUGACAAAGUGUGAGUUGUGUAGUGUUCUCUUGCAAAAGAGAGAAAAAUACAUGGCCAGGCAGCCACCACCAGCGAGCAAGGUUUAGCACCUCUAUUUUCUGGGACUCGAUCAAACGUGUUGCUUACAAAUGGAAUGAGCCUACACAGGUUUUUCAUGGGUGCAGUGCUGUACGGGAUUUGGGUAUUUGAAACUGCACAAUUUUCCACCAAAUGGGCCUCUCAUGUCGGAAAAUUUGCUGCCGGAGGUUGCAAUCGACACAAAUAUUCAACCCAUCCUGGGAACGUGUUGUUCUUUACAUUGCACAAAUCCAAGAAGGGUAGUGAGUGAAAAGAUUCUAACUUUGUCGGGCUGUAUGUAAUACACAAAAAUUGUCAUACAUUGUAAGCACUUUUAGAUACGAGAUUUUUUUAAGAUUUGAACCCUUAUUCCAGUGUUAAUGGAAAUAAGCUUGCAAAAGUGGUUUAAACUCUAGGAUAAUAAAUAUAUACAUACAUACAUAGACAUACAUAGUAUGAAAAUCAAUUAUGAAUCAGCAAUUUUCUGGUUAGAUUUCUCACUUAAUUAAAAUUGACUUUGAAACCACUCCAUUUAAUCAUAAUUAUCCGAUUUAAAACUCCGUGUUUAAUAAAUACAAUUGGUACUUAUAUUUAUAGGGAAUAUGUACAUACAUAUAUUUCACUUCGUGUUAUGCAUGUCCUAAAAUAAUAAGUUAAUAAGUAACAAUAACCUUGAAGUAAUUAUUUCUGUCAUCAAAUUCUUUGGGCUUAACUACGAUAAUGUUAACCCCUUCACAAUUAUUACCCAAAUUCACCUCUUACUAACACUUUAAC